AUGAUCGAGGUGGUUUGCAACGACCGUCUGGGGAAGAAGGUCUGCCUUAAGUGCAACACUGAUGACACCAUUGGAGAUCUUAAGAAGCUCAUCGCAGCCCAAACCGGCACCCGCUGGAACAAAAUUGUCCUUAAGAAGUGGUACACCAUUUUCAAGGACCACGUGUGCUUGGGCAACUAUGAAAUCCACAAUGGGAUGAACCUGGAGCUAGAGCUAUAUUACCAAUAA